AUGACAUUGUCUUUCCAGGCGGAGUCGGACCGGGAAAGCGGCGCUAGUUCGCCGGAGGGUGGCGGACCGCGGGCGCAGCUAGCCGAGCCGCGGACCCCGUCGCCGCGCGAGCGCACGCCGCACCAACCCCACUUGAAUGGCUCUAUGGCAUCGAUGUUCCAAAACCUGCAAAACCUGGCGAACAUGCAACAAGGGAUGCCGAUUUCGCAGCAACAGAUGUCACAGCAGAUGUCGCAGCUGGCUGCGAAUCUCCAGGGUCUCACUUCCAUGCCGAACCCUGUCAUUAAUUCGCCACUUAAUUUGAGUGUUAGUGCACCAGGAAUGGGAUCACCAAACCCAGUGAGCAAUAAUAAUAUGCUACCACCGGCGAUGCCUUCCCCGAUGCCCCAAUUAAUACUAGCUUCUGGUCAGUUGGUUCAAGGAAUCCAGGGGGCACAGCUACUUAUACCGACCUCACAAGGCAUCGCAACCCAAACAAUCCUAACAAUACCGGUGAACCACGUGAACUCCAACGAUCAGAUGGUAAACUUAGCACUUAAUAACGGCCAAGUGGUCUCCACAUCCCUCGCCAACCUUCAAGCGAUGGCCCAGCCUCACCAACUCCUAAACUCAAACCAGCAGCAGACAAACAUACGGCCGAACAUGCUGAACCCAUCUCUAUCAAACGCCUUAUUAAACCCCGGCUUGCCGAACUUCCUUUCAAACGGAGCAAGUAAUGCGCAGGAGUUGCUUCAAGCGUUACAACAACCGCAAGGGAAUCACAACCUUCUGCAGACAGUGCAACAGAACAAUAUGCCACAGCAGAUGCAAGGCAGACGGUCGUCAUCGCCCAGACCGGAUAGACAUUAUAAGGAAAGAGAAAAUUUUGAGAGAUUUGUAGGUGGAUCCAGGGAGAGGAACGAAAGGGAUAACACAGGAGCGAAUGCAAUGAACAGUAUUAAUAGGUAA